AUGUCAGUGUACCUGGAGCAGAGCAUCGGAGCCUCCGUGCCGCUCUUCUGGCGCGCUGCCCGGUUGGAAUACUCUUUGGCUCUUCCCAGCGACACGGAGAUGGUGGCCAUCCGCGUGGACGCGGAGACGAAAGGAGCCUUGGCUUUGAGGGUACCUUUGCGAGGGUUGGUCACCGCCUUGGCACCGGGCCAAACCUCGGCAUACGUCGCGGUGCAGCCAGACGAAGCACUCGAGCUGAGGCUUGAUCUUGGUGGCCAGGAGUAUGCGCUGCGAGUGGUGCGCUCCAGGAUUCGCUCCUCUGGAGAGGGUCGCACACCGGACCCCGCGCGGACCUAUCCACCACAAGGUACGCUGGCAGGUUUGAAUCUGUGGGACAGCAUGGGACUGGCCGCCUCGAUGGCCUGGUUCAUGCCGCGCGUGUCUUUGUAUGUUGCGUCCAUCCGAGAAGAUGCCCAUGGUGUGAGGCUUGCAGCCACGCCCAACGACCCAGAUGCAGAGCUGGAGUGGCGCUUCAACGGUGGGAAGUGGGAUUUCUUGGUAUCUGGAUUGACGUCCUCACCGGCAGAGGUGGCUCCAUACGGCUGGACGCUCUUGGAAGUCCGCGUGUCCUCUUUUGUUCAGAUGGAGCCUUUGGUGUACCAGGUGGUUCUGGCCCGGGGGGGUGUGUGCCACCCCAGCUGCUCCCGCUGCGGGCAAGGCGGCUGCCAGGCCUGCACGCCACCCUUGGUGCUGGUCGGCAGCAAGUGCCUCUACACCACUUGCUCUUCGUCAAGUGUCUACUUCAACAAGAGCACCGAAGGAUGCGAGCCCUGCGACUCAAGCUGCCUGGAGUGCAUCGAUGGCACGGCCCGGGGCUGUCUCAAGUGCCCGGCCUCGAAGUACCUGCGCCCUGCCUCGCCAGUGGCCAUCGCAGGCGCUUGCCAGUCAUGCAUGGCUGGAUACUUUGUACAUCCUAGCAGCCAGCGGUGUCAACUGGCGCCUGCAGACCUUCAAGCUGAGAGAUUCUACCUCCGCCUGGCACUCCGAGUAUCCGUGGAGGACUUUCUGGAGAAUGCGGAGACGCUGAAGACAGUUCUGCGGAAAUCCGCGGAGACACUUGCAGUAUCAUCACAGGACGUCCGUUUCCAUCGCUGGGAUUCUGCAAAGGAAGGCCUUGGCGUGAACUUCUUCUUGGAGGUUGAGAACCCUUUCGUCCAGCACCGGAACUCAGAAGAAUGGUUCAACAUCGAUGAGUGGUUUGCAUCCUUGCCUGUACCGGUGGAUGAGAUCCGCAUUCUUACACAGUCGCAGCUAUACCCGGCUGCGCCCCCGGCAUUGCCUUCACCAUUCCUGGAUCCAUUCAUGUGGGGCGUUAUCGGUGCUGGAUCGGCCUCGGUGCUGCUCAUUUACCCACUCUACAACUUCUACUUUGUGAGGAAGUAUCGGCAGCAGCAACCAUAUCCGGUGAGUGACGGACAGGAAUUGUUUGUGGACCAAAUCCUUGAGCGCACCGAUCCCGUGGUGAUGUCAGCGAUGGUGCACUCCAAGGGGAAUCUCAAAGCUGCCGCGGGCGACGACUGA